UUUUCCGAAAGUGGCGACUUAUGUGGCAUUGACGGUAAGGAAAUCGUUUAACUGUAUUAGGAAACUCUCAAUGCCAUGUUAACAUCCAUUACGUUUCAAGGGAAAAUACUGAGUUUGAUGUGCAUUUCUAAAACUUCGGUACUCGUUGCAGGGUUUCGAACCAUGUUGCAUGUACAACAUUGUUGUAAGCGCAUGCGCAGGACGACUCUUUCAGCCACUUUGUUACUGGCUUCUUGUAAGCGCCAGUCUAGAGUAGCUUUUUCUGCGUCAAGUUCCGUUCAGGCUCCAGAUGACGGCAAAUGUUUUGUGACUACACCCAUUUUCUACGUCAAUGCCGCCCCACAUCUCGGACAUCUCUACAGUGCCAUUAUUGCCGACGCUAUCCAGCGCUACAAGAAAAUGAGAGGUGCAACGGCAACCAUUUUCUCCACGGGCACCGAUGAACAUGGGCUAAAAAUACAGCAAGCGACAAAACAAUUGCGAGUGCCUCCACUCGACUUCUGCAGUGAUAAUUCCAAGAAAUUUCGCGAUUUAUUCGAUGCAUUCAACAUAAAUUAUACGCACUUCAUUCGCACUACUAAUAACGAUCACAUAGCAGCUGUGCAAGAAUUUUUUAACGUUCUCAUAUCUAAGGAUUUCAUUUACAAAGGCGAAUACACCGGCUGGUACUGCGUUUCUGAUGAGGCAUUUUUAACGGAAUCCCAAGUCACCGAGAAGAAAACUGUUGACGGAGUAAUAAAAGUCAGUGCUGAAAGUGGUCAUGUCGUCGAAUGGAGCUCCGAAACCAAUUAUAAAUUCAAAUUAUCCCUCCUGGAAGAUGACUUGAAGCAUUGGUUGAAGUGUGAUAAUCGAGUGAAACCAAAGCGUUUCCUCUACGACUUGAGAAAUACGGUUGACAGAGGCUUGAUGGACCUCUCCGUCUCUAGGCCUAAGGAGCGCGUGUCGUGGGGAGUGCCUUUACCCAACGACCCUGAGCACACAGUGUACGUGUGGGUGGAUGCUCUAGUGAACUACCUCACGGCUGCAGGUUAUCCUUCUAUCCCUUCGGUUUGGCCUGCCAAUGUUCACGUUCUAGGCAAGGACAUUCUGCAUUUCCAUGGCGUCAUUUGGCCUGCCCUUCUGAUAGCCGCGGGAUUAGAGCCACCCGAGCAGCUGCUUGUGCAUUCACACUGGACUGUCGACGGGGUUAAAAUGAGCAAGUCUUUGGGAAACGUAAUAUGUCCUAAUGAACUCAAGGACACCAUCACUGCUGAGGGUGUUCGGUAUUUACUCCUGAGACAGGGAACUCCACAUGCCGACGGAUCCUGGAGAACAAAAGAAGGCGUAUCUAUGCUGAAUGCUGAUCUUGCAAAUGGCUUGGGUAACUUGGUGCAUCGAUGCACGGGUAAAUCCCUCAACAAAGAUCAAGUGUUCCCUCCUCUUUGUCAAGACUUUGUCGAGAGUUCAACGCAUGCUCAAAUGUUGACGAAAACUAUGAAAACUGUUAAGGAGGAUGUGGCUAACUGUUAUGAUGACUAUAAUUUCUAUUUGGGAAUUGAUAGGAUUAUGCAUUUGGUACACUGUGCGAACCUGAUGGUACAGGAGGAAAAACCGUGGACGCUGAAGGAUAAACCAGAAGAAUUGAACAGCGUACUUCACUUGGCUUUGUCAGCUGGAAGAGCGGCUGCCUUGAUGCUGCUACCAAUCGUACCGACGUACGCUACGAGGCUGCUUGAUACGCUUGCAGUGCCUCAACGUGAUAGAACUUGGAGUCAAAUUGAAGCUUUUCCAAAUGCUUCGCACACUUCCGUGCCUCUGGGACAGAGAAUAGCUCCGUUCAAAAAAAUAAAUGUAUAAAAUUU